CUUUUCCUGCCGAUAACAAUUUCCUGUUAACAAUCCGGUGACAUAAAAAAAUAUUGUUGAUUUUUAAGUUUCUGAUUAGAUUCUGAAAAUGUCUCAGACUUACGAAUUUAAUAUGGAAAUGACAUGUGAAGGUUGUGCUAAUGCUGCUAAAAGAGUGCUUGGAAAACAGGGUGAUAAAGUGACUGAAGUGGUUACUGAUGUUCCAACGAAAACAGUGACAGUGACAUCUACACUGUCAGCUGAUGAAGUAUUGGAAGUGUUGAAGAAAACAAAUAUUGCAGUGUCACUCAAAGGUUAAAAUGGUUAAGUUUAAAUGUUUAAGAGUGUUGAAGAUAAUGGUGGUUAGGUGCUAUGGAUACAAAAAAAAAAACCCGGUAUUUUAUUUAUUCCAGACAUGAAUAAAUACAAUAUUUAAUUUUAUUACACUAGGUUGCACAUUGUACAUCCAAUUAUCAUUACAUAUACAUAUAUAUUACCUACAUGUAUUUUAAUUAGCCUUCAUGUAAAGAUACACAUUCUAGUACCAUGAGUACUGUAAUUUCAGAAAUUUAGGAAUUAUUAAAAUUGUGUUUUAACGAAGAGGGUCGUAUAAAAAUUUAUGCGAAGUUUUACUUAUGAAUAAAAUGAGAUAAAGGUAGUUUGAGGUUUUUUUGUUUUUUUUUAAAUUUCAAUUGAUUUCUUCAAUGUUAAGCUAAAAAAAUUAUAGAGUUUCAAGAAAUGAAAAAAUAAUGUAAAAUGACAUAUUUUUUUGCUUAUUUAAAUAACCAUCACUGGUCAGACAUUUUUUCUGGCAUAUAAAAAAAAAUACAUGCAUUCUUCUAGCUGCUAUCACUGAAAUAGAUUUUACUGCCUCUUGUCACAUUAUGAACAUGUACCAGCAUAUUUCAAUAGAAAAAAAUAAGACCAAACGUUCUUAUAGGUAAACAAAUUUUUGUAAUUUUUUUAGAAAUUUUGAAAUCAUGUCUAAAAUCACUGUUGUACAAUAUCUUAUCAAAUGUACUGCAUAGCAUGGACUAUCUAUUGAUUGGCUACUAAAAUAUUUUCUUGACUACUUGUUGGCUAGUUACAGGUAUUGGUUAUUGAUUUUGCAUUACGAUGCUAUUGCUAAUUUUUACAGAUUCACAAAUAACACAUGAAAAAGUUUUGGUUAAAAAGUGAGCAUUUAUAUAUGUUAAGCAAUGUGUAUUUAGAAAUAAAAAAAAAUCUCAACAAGGUUUUGUUUCAAAUGCUAUUGUCAUGAUUGUAAUAACUUUAAUAAAAUACUGAUUGUUUUAAUUUGUUGAGUUAAUUAACUCAGAAGUAUUUUAAAAUUAGUGACAUACUAAUUAUACUGAAAAAUGUAAAUGUUUUUUUUUUAGGUUGAAACAAUUAUAUUAUGUACUAUAAAAUGCUUUAUUUGAAAUUUUCGUGGAAAACAUUACAAAAUGUAUUUUUUAAGUCAGUUGUAGAUAAGUAAUGAAACCAUAUAAUGAUGUAAUAAGAUUUAUAUUUUGUCAUAUAAUUGCUGAGCAAUGUAUCAAGUGUUUUCUAUUAUUGUUUAUGGAGUGAUGUUUGUCAUGUACUAGUAUUCUCAUAAACAUUUUUCUGAAAGAACAUUUUAUAAUCUAAAUAAUUCUUUACAAAUCAUUUAAAUAUUUGAUACAAUAUUAGUGAGUGGGUAUUGCUUAUUUACUUCAUUUAAGCAUUAGAAAAAUUCUGUAAACCUUGAUACUUUCACAAGGGAGUUAUAAUUUUGUGAGUAAGCAAACUGUUCAAAAUAUCCCCUUGGCAAAUAGAUGGUGUGAAGUGUGCACUUUUCAUUCGAUGAACUAAAUUUUUAACCAAUCAUGAAAUGGUUCUGCAUGGAAGCCGCUAAAAAUAACAACCACUAAAAAUAUCCAUAUUUAGAUUAAAGCAGGUUGUUACUUUUUCCUGUUCUCUCCAGACUUUUGAGACUCAAUUAUUCCAAUGAUAACUUUAAACAUUUGUCUAUGACUUUGACAAACAUGAAAUGCUUGCUGAUAUGUUCUUUAAUCUGUACAUUAUUUUGUAAUUGUAUCAUUUUUAGUCGUGAUCUGAAGAAACUUUUCAAAUUUAUUGAAUAUAUUGGUGGUUAUUUUGUUCAUACUAUGUAUUAAAUUGGGCAAAAAAUAAAUUGUUUUAUUACCAAA